AUGAGCAUGAUGGGAAAAAUCAAUAAGUUUCUUGGAUUGAAUAUUCGUCAAAAUAGAGAAGGUAUUUUUAUCAAUCAGGAAAAAUAUAUGAAGAAUUUGCUAGAGAAGUUUGGAUUGACGAAUAGCACAAAGUUACGAGUUCCGAUGGCUACUGACAUCAAACUGACACCUUCGUUAGAUAAACCUUCUGUUGAUCAAACUCUCGACAGAAGCAUGAUUGGUCCAUUACUUUAUCUUACUAUUAGUAGACCUGACAUCAUGUUUUCUGUAAGUAAUUGUGUUAGGUAUCUGUCAAAUACACGAGAACCACAUUUCACUGCUGUAAAGAAUAUAUUUCGUUAUCUUAAAGGAACGAUUUUGUUAGGAUUGUGGUAUCCUUCGAAAAAUGGGUUAUUUGUUCAAGCAUAUUCGGAUGCAGAAUUGGGAGGUUGUAAUCUUGAUAGGAAGGGCACAAGUGGUGGUUGUCAAUUGAUGGAUGGCAAAUUGGAUCAUGUGGAAGAUGGAAAUAUUGAAGUGCAUUUUAUGAAAACAACACAUCAGUUAGCUGAUAUUUUCACAAAACCAUUGGAUGGAAAAUCGUUCGUGAGAAUUUUGGAAGGACUUGGAAUGAUCGAUGGAGAUUCUGUUCCAUGCAAAAAAGGAGACUGA